AUGGAGGAGUCCAUGUUGUCACUGGAUUGUCUUCGCCUGGACGAUAGAGCCAGCACUUAUGAGGCUGAAAUAGAGGAUGAAUGGGAUACAGACUCUGAAGCUGAAGCGCAAAAGAGCAUUGUGAAAGACAUGUCUACAGCUGAGGUGUACCUGCAGGCGUGUAAACUGGUGGGUGUCAUUCCCGUCAGCUACUUUCUGAGAAACCUCGGCUGUGCCACCAUCAACCUCAACCACCAUGGCCUUGGCCCUUUAGGGGGGAAAGCUCUGGCCAUUGCUCUUGUGACUGACACAUGCACAACAACACUAGAACUGGCUGACAAUUUCCUGCUGGCUGAGGGCGCAAGAUAUCUUGUACAGAUGCUGAAGGCCAAUUUCACGAUUCAAAAUUUGGAUCUCUCUGACAAUCAUCUUCAAUCUGCCGGAGCUGAACAUAUCACAAAGAUGCUGUUGGAUAACGUGUCCAUCAAAUCAAUCAAACUUUCUGGAAAUGAAUUCUCCGAGGAUGACGCCAGAUGGUUUGCAGAAGCCUUUACAGUGAACUUCAGAGUAAAAGAGUUAAACCUGAGUCACAAUAAGUUCUAUGGAAGAGCGGGCGAAUACCUCGGCCAAAUGCUAGCUAAUAAUGAGGGUGUGGAGGUCCUUAAUCUGAGUUGGAAUCACCUCCGAAUGAAGGGCGCUGUGGCUUUCUGUGCCGGACUUAAAGUCAACGUGACUCUGAAACACUUGGACGUCUCCUGGAACGGCUUUGGCAACGAAGGAGCGCUGGCUUUGGGUGAAGCGCUCAAAUUCAACAAUACUUUAGUGUACCUGGACCUCAGUAACAACCGCAUCAGUGAUGAAGGUGUAGGAAUGCUUUGCAAAGGCCUCGAGGCCAAUGACACACUUAGAAUACUGAAGCUGGCUUAUAAUUCUCUGACAGUAGAAGGAGCCUUGGCUUUGCUCAGUGUCAUAAGGAGCUCUCUGAAAACAGCCCUCGAGGAGAUCAACAUAUGUAACGUGCUGGUGAAUGAAGUCUUUGUACAGCUGCUAGAGUUGACAUGUCAUGAUCACCCUGCUUUAGAGGUGCACUAUGGGGGAGUUGGAGGAUUUAUUGCCAAAAAGCCUCCAAAGAGGCGUGACCCGAUGAAGGUCAUUCAGGAUUAUCUUGAUCAGCGCAAGCUUCGGCUGUGGGAUUUCUUCCGCAAGAUUGAUAAAGACGGGACGAUGCAUGUUCCUGUGUCAGAAUUUAGAAAGGCUGUGCAGCAAUCUAACAUCCCACUGGAUCGCUUUCAGCUUGAACAACUCAUCCAAAAACUAGACCGGGAAGGAACGGGCGUUGUCGACUAUCGAGGCUUGGCUGACACAAGAAAGCAGAUGAUGCGGGACCACCGGCGACAGCUGCGCAAAGUCGAGUCCCGUCAGAAGAAGGAGAAGCAGAAAAGUGAGCGCAUCCUCAAGACCUUUCAGUCGGCCGUUGAGGCUGUUACCCCACGUACCUCCAUAGUCAUGUCACCAGGAGGAAUUAAAGAGGACUCCAGCGGCCCUCAGCGCUUCUCAGCCACCCCCCUUAGUUCCUGGCACCACAUUGUCAUGUCCAACAGGAGCCGUUACUCCACCACCAACAUGAGUAGUGAGCACGUCCAGCUUCCUAUGAUAAGGAGCGCUGUGUCCUGCAGGCCCCUGAGUUCCCCAGCCAUGCGCUCUUACUCCCAACCUAACCUAAUGGACAAUCGCAGCUCUCUGCCUUCUCUAUCCAAACCUGCUUCAGCCCAGGGCAUGAACUCUAUUUCCAAAUCAACUGAAGUAACCAGUAAACCUAGUCCCACUGACAACAGUCUGACCAGAUCAAGACCUGCAUUAAACACUGAGCAACGCACUUUUGACAUGUUCUCUUGGUUCCUCCCACCUCCCUAA